AUGGCGACGUUGAAGGACGUUGCGAUGCAACUGAAAUCCAUUACUAGCAUCCAGAAGAUUACGUCUUCCAUGAAAAUGGUUGCUUCAGCCAAGUUUGCCAAGGCCGAGCGCGAGUUGAGGUUGGCUGUUCCCUACGGUACUAGUGCUGCUGCCUUUUACGAGAAAACGGGCAUUGUGGCGCAGCAGAAAGAGGACCACCCGCCCGUUAAAAAUCACCUUGUGAUUGCGAUCACUUCCGAUCGUGGUCUUUGUGGAGCUGUCAACAGCACUAUUGGAAAGCUUUUACGUGAAAUGCUCUCGCACCCUCCCGCCGGUGAAGAUAUAAAACUGGUUCUUAUCGGUGACAAAGCUCGUGCCUUCCUCACCCGUCAGUUUUCGGAGCACUUCCUCAUGUCCUUCACUGAGGUCGGGAAGAGGCCUCCAACUUUUGAAGAUGCCUCGCUGAUCACACAAGCUCUGCUCGACUGCGAUUUCAAGUUUGACAAAGCUACGUUAUUUUACAACAAGUUUAAGUCGGUAGUUUCCUACACCCCCAUCGAUCAACCCAUCUUUAACCUCGAGCAACUGCAACAUGCUCCAUCGCUUGCGCUCUACGAUUCCGUGGAUGAUGAGGCGCUUCGUAGCUACAACGAAUUUCUCCUUUCGUCCUUCAUCUUCUACGCUUUGAAAGAGGCCGCUGCGAGUGAGCACUCGUCCAGAAUGACUGCCAUGCAAUCGGCUACAAAGAAUGCCAGUGAAAUGAUCGAUGAGUUGACCCUUGCCUUGAACAGGACUCGUCAGGCUGUCAUCACGAAGGAGCUGAUCGAAAUUAUCUCCGGUGCCGCCGCUGUCUAG